CAUUGUUGGGUAUUGUUAUUGAUUUUGUGCGAUUUUUUUCGCACAAAACAACUCACACUCGCGUCUGGAUAGUGGAAAAUCGGUUUACUUUUUUGCUUCUUACCAAAAAAGAAAAAAAAAUGGAGUCGGUUGGAUGCGCGUUUGACACGUUGGCCUCUUUACAGAGUUAUUACACAAAACAAAUAUAAUUAUUAAUGUUUUUAAGUAGGAUAGCUUUAUAACAGAAGAGGAAGACAGGCUAUGUAACGCAAUCAAUGAAUAUUUGUGUUUUAUUAGUAAGAUGUUUGUAGCUACAUCAUACAUCACCCCAUAAGUCGGUUUACAAGCAAAUAAACAAGUUUUCUAGGGCAUUUUGAUGAGUAAAACGUCGUUACAAAAGAACGGUUAAAAAUAUAGGCGUAUUACUUAUUUGUGUAACAGGAACUAAACGAUCAGUGGAAAGAAAAAGAGAGGAUAAUGACAGAGCAAACUGUGACACAAUAAAAGAGCUAUUGGCAGCUAAAUGAUAAAUAUAACUGAGUGAAUAAAAACAUAUUUUUUCUUUACAAGACUUAAAUAAAUAUUAGCUAACUUUAAGUGGAACAAAUCCAAAAAUCCAAACUGGAAUUGUUUAUGAUGAUGAAGAGUAGGAGGAUGAUAAUGAUAACAGUCUGGCAAUGAAAUAAGGAAUGUAUUUGCAAUGAUUAUUGAUCUGCCUGCUAGUGUACACAAAGAAAAUGCAUCCUUGCAACUAUUGAUUGAUCAAUAAUAAUUACAAAUGUGUUUGCAUAUGAAAGAUGAGAAUACAAUAUUCUUGCUUAUUUAAUAUCUACUUAUUUGCAUUUACAUUUUUCAAAUUUUAAUAUGUUGAAAUCCUGAAUUAGACCAGGUUGAUGUGUGUCACACUUAUGCAAAUACAUCUAUGUAAAUAAAGCAAAUAUUUUGUCUAUGUUAAAAAAAGUAUAGCUUAGUUGUCUACUAAUUUUAAAUAAAUGUAUUUUUAGUAUGUUUAUUUCCAGAAUUAUGUUGAAAAUAAGUUUAUAGAUCUUCCAAGGAACAUGGUCUUGCAUUAAAAUAACCUAAUGCCUACUGUUUUGGGUUGGUAUAGACACUUUAAAGCUUUAUUGUUAAAUUGCAUUCUUCUAAAGGUAAGUGCUGGAAUGUAUUUAUAUUUAUGGGCAAUUUUAGCAUCAUUGGCUUAUAAUAUCUAAGAAUUAAAUGGUGAAUUAGUCAAGUUUCUGCCAUUUAAAAGCUAAAUUAAUCAAUGCAUUUUUAGUUUCUAUUUACAGUAUCUAUAGAAACAACAAUAUAUAAAAACCCUACACAUGCUUAUAUAAUGUAAUUUGUUUCCUGUUGAUUUGAUAAAGUGAAGAUGGCAGUUUUUUUUAUUUAAGAAGAUAAAUUGUCUAUUUGAUUAAUAUUAAUAUUGAAAUGUGUGUUUCUUCGUGAUGUUAUGUGGCUGUUUCUAUUAAUAAAAAUCAAUUUAUCAACACAGGAUUAAAGAAAAAUAUCUGCAAUUGAUUUGCUGUUUUGACAAGACUAUUUUUGAUAAAAGUAAUUAAAAUCGCUUCGAAGUUAUUAAUGUGUUUGUUUACUACAAAGAUUCGUCAGCAGAUGAGAACAGAGUUUUCUUCUAAGGCUCACAACAACUAAGGAAAUGCCCAGUUCAGGAUAUUCAAUUACGACAGUGGAACCGGUGGCAGCGGACGCUUGGACCCAACAGCAAAUCAGGGGCCAGUACAGAUUGGUAAUCAUGGGGGCUGCUAAGGUAGGAAAGACGUCUAUAGUAAAGAGAUUUCUAUACGACGAAUUUAAUUCCGAACACAAACCAACAGUAGAGGACGUGUAUAGAGAAGAAUAUAAUCUGGGCAAUUACGGUUUAGUUCUGGACAUCCUGGACACGAGCGGAAGCUACGAAUUCCCUGCCAUGAGAGAUCUGGCCAUAUCCACGGGGGAUGCUUUCGUACUGGUGUACUCCAUCGACGACAGCGACACAUUCGAAGAGGUACGAACCCUACGCGAAAAGAUCUUGGACAGAAGGAAGAGUAACGUGCCCAUUUUAGUAGUGGGCAACAAGUGCGAUUUGGAAGACGGAAGAGUGGUGAAACGAGAGGUGGCAGAAACCGUCAUCAGAAUGGAUUGGGAGAAUGCUUUCUUGGAAUCUUCUGCCAAAAAUAAUGUGAACGUAUUCGAGGUAUUUAAAGAACUAUUGGUACAGGCCAACAUACCCUACAAUCUAUGUUCGUCCAAUAAAAAGAGGAGGACUUCCUUCCCUGAUUAUGCAAUCAGUUCCGGAAAGCAGAAAUGUUUCGUCAACAAGAUCGGUUGCAACGUUUCUUAAUUGUUUCAUUGUAUUUAAAAUUGGCAUUUUAAAUUCUAUAAGACAAAUCCGAGAUGUGAAGUUGUGUAUAUAUAAAAAAAAUUGAAAAGAUGUGUUUAUCUAUUCUAUUUAUAGUAAAUUAUAUGCUGGCAUUAAAUUAUAAAUAGAUAAAUAAAGAUAUAA